CAAUUCAUCCUUUUUUUAUUUUGGAUUUUUCACUCUGAUUAAGAUUAAUCAACCAAUCUCUAUUCAAUUUAAAAGUUUGGAUGUUAAUUAAUAUGGUUUGGUUGAUUGACGAAGGCGAUUAAUUUUCAACUUUUGAACUUAAAGGCGAUUAAUUUUCGCUAGUAUCUAGUCUGACACUAGAGGAAGGGAUUUUUUCUUUUUACAAAAAAGGGAUCGCUGCUUCUGCCGAGCCUGACUCAACUACCUUUCGUAGUAAGUAAGUAAAAAUUAUAUUUUGGAAAAAAAUUAUGAAAAAAGAGGUAUAAAAAGGAUAAAAUGGGUUGUGAAAAAUCACUGCUUAUCUUCGUACCAUUUGGGCCGGUAAAAAUAUUGGUAGCUGGUAAUUUCCAGACAGCCUGAGACGGGUGAAAAUUGCAGGGGACAGAAAAGAAAAAUGUUACGCUAAUUAUUGAACUCCCAUGGAAACUCGGGGGCUCUAUCAACGAUGAUAGAACUUCACCUUCCCAUCGCUUUCCCACUUCACCACUCCCUUACCGAUAGAUCUUCGAUCAGGUAAACCCGCCACGUCAUGGAAGCAGCUCUCUUAUGUUGUUAGUUUCCUAUUUGAGAAAAUGCAUGUAAGAUUAUGAUGAUGGGUCUCUACACACGACGGUAGAGAUAGAAUUAUUGUUACCGGAGAUGAGGACUAGAGGUAUAAUAGGGGCGUUGUUGAAAUCUUUUGGUCCAAGUGAGCAUGGCACUCGCCUUGUUCGUAAAGGAAGAAGGUUGGGUCGAUUUGUCAGACACAAAUUCUGGCUCUAGGGUGUUUCUCUUUGCAGCAAUCUUUUUGAUUUACGUGCUACUCUUCGGCCUCAACAUGCAUUUUCCUGCUAAACUAGAAGGUAGUGGUCUAGUAUCCGUAUUUCAGCACGGCAAGAAAUUUUUGCCAUUUCAUGUUGUUGGAAGACCACCCAGAUGCAAGCAUUGUAAGUAGUGUAAGUGUGAAGUGUUAUAUUUUCAAUGUUUCAUAUCACAACCCUUGAGUUUAUUAUUGAUUUAGUGCUUAUGCAUAUGAAGAUGAUAAUGAUGUCUUUUUCUUUCUUGUUCGUUGGAUUGUACAAAGAUACAAAAUUUGCAAACCAGUUUAUCCCUAUGGCUCAUCCCUUUUGCCCCCUCCCAUAUAAUGAUUUUCCAAAUUUGCCUUGCGAGGUUGGGUUUUUGGAAUAAGUUGAGUAUCUUGUUGAACCUAAGGAAGUCAUGAACUUCACACUGUUUUCACUAGAGUUCAUUGACCAAGAGGGAAUACCUUCCCUUAGUAAUAUAUAUGAACCUAGAUUUGGAGGACAUCAGACACUUGAGGAAAGAGAGCAAUCUUUCUUUGCGAAGAAUCAAACUCUACAUUGUGGAUUUAUCAAAGGACCCCCUGGAUUCUCAAGCACUGGAUUUGAUAUAGAUGUGAAGGACAAGGCAUACAAGAACAAGUGUAAGAUUGCAGUAUCUUCUUGCAUUUUUGGAAGCUCUGACUUUCUUAGGAGGCCUACAAGCAAAAAGACUGUGAGUGCAGAGCACUAGUAAAGCAAUUCUGGCAUAGGGAAGAGCCAUCUCCUCCAGGACCUCCACCACUUGUUACUUGAUCAGUAAUUAUUCCUUGCAGUUAUUAUGGUAAACCAAAGCCCCGGACAUGGAGACUGAUCCUCCAAAGCAAACCAAAGCCACGGACAAGGAGACUGAUCCUCCGAAACAAACCAAAGCCACGGACAAGGAGACUGAUCCUCCGAAACAAUCCAAAGCCACGGACAUGGAGACUAAUCCUCCGAAGCAAGCCAAAGCCACGGACAAGGAGACUCAUCCUCCAAAGCAAUCCAAAGCCACGGACAUGGAGACUAAUCCUCCGAAGCAAGCCAAAGCCAUGGACGUGGAGACUGAUCCUCCGAAGCAAACCAUAGCAUCAUCUCAAGACCAUCUCCUCCAGGUCCCCAUCUCGUCCGAGCAGGUGAGGGCCAAUUGGAUGCAUGACCUUCCCAUGCACCUUCUUGAGAGCAUACUAUCAGACUUACCUGUAAAGGAAUCAGUGUGCACUAGCUGCAUGUGCAAAUCGUGGCAUGAUAAUUUGUGGAGUUUUGUUUCUGCAGAUGACACCUCUAAGUCUACUGAAUCAGACUUCAAAAAGUCACUGGAGAAACUUCUUCAGAAUCCGGCGUAUUUCCUUAACGUCAGGUUAAGAUGCACAAAAUUUAAAAGGCACUCCUUCCUGCAUGAGUUUCUUCGGGAACUGCUGAAAAAGAAAGUAAUCAACCUGGAAAUCGCAGUGGAUCGUCAUGAGAGUUUGGGAUUUUUCCCCAUCCCACCCGAAGUCUUUACAAGCAUGCAUCUUUGGGUCCUGAAGAUAGCAAGCGCCAGAAUUAUUCUGUCUCCUCCAGGGACUUUCACAAGGUUGAGCGCUAUACAAGUUGAUGUAUCUCGGUCAUCUCACGCAUCUAUCCUUGACUUCUACAAGUGGUGUCCGGUGCUCCAGGAUCUGCAAAUACAAGGAAAAAUUAUGAGACUUCCGGACAAAAAGCAGAAAUUCCAAAUAAGGUCUCAGAGUCUCCUUAGACUAAAAAUUACACUGCAUCUUCACAAGCUACAGCUUGAUAGAGGACAAAAAGUUUACCUUUCUGCUGGAAACCUCUAUGAGGUUGACAUUGAUGCCCCCCAACUAGAAGUUUUGGAUAUAGAUGAAUCAAUUUUUGCCAAGUUUAAGAUCGGAAAUUUCAAGCAUCUCCGAGAAGUUAAGCUUCAAAGUGGCUUCUACGAAGCUAAGAGACAGCUAGGAGAAGUGGGGGAGCUUCUCGUUCUUUCGCGAGGGGUAUUUUAUACGAUUAACCAAGCAUCAUUAUCUACUAGCUGCCUGGUUGUGGGAGAUGGAGCUUUUGGGGCAUUGAGUUUUACGUUUAUGGACUAUCUUCUUAGUGGUAAUGAAGCUGCGAUCCGGAACAAAUUUCGAAUGACAUUUCCAGAUUUCUAUCAUGUCACGAGCUUGAGAUUGUGUAUAGCAGAUUCUUCCGGUUGGCUGUUCAUGCCAUACUUGCUCGCACACCUUCCUAAUUUACAAAGAUUGGAUCUCGAAGUGGUAGAUAGGGAAGAAGUUCGAAAGGGCAAGAAAUUUAAGUGGAAUCCCCCAAAAGAUCAUGUGGGAUGGUGUUUGACAAGCGUUAAACACGUUCGAAUGAUUGGAUUUGGGGAAAUGAUGGAAGAAGCCAGUCGAAUAUUAGAUUUUGUGAGGGAGGCUGCUACCGAAGAACGCUUUGAAGAAAUUACCAUCACCUAUGAAUAAUGGCCACAUGCUAUUAGAAGAUGAAGCAGACUGGAUUUUCACAGCCUGAGAAAGUGAACAGGGAGAACUGAUCAUGAGGAAACACAAAUCUAUAUUGAUUGUACCAGUAUUAUUAGGGAACCUCACUGCUUGCAUAGUUUGUUGUGCCUUAUUCUUUUGUUUUCUUCUUCAAAUGAGUUUUAAAACUUAGUUGUGGAAUUGAGAAUUCAUCUAUCGAGACAAAAUCUGACAGCAGCUUCAAUUUGGUUUGAGCAUCUGAUAUGGAGCAACUGUUAUGGGGGCUUACUUGCUCAUUUAGUCUCAAUUUCACUAAAUUGUUUUCCAGUUUCUGUUCAUGCUGUAAUGAUCAACAUUCUGGUGGGGUCAUAUUAUUCGAUCUCUGGUUAAUAAAUUCUCUGGUUUUUUUGUUUACA